AUGUUCAACAAUGAGCAGGAAGGUUUCUAUGCUCCCUCCACCAUGUUGGGCCCAAGGAUUUCAUUUUCCCAUGAUUUUGCAGACACCCAACAACAACCACCCAUCAGGCAUGAAGCCAGAAAAUAUAAGGAAGCUCCGGUCUCUUCAGAUUUCGAGUUCUCGGUGAACAACAACUCCAUGAUACCGGCUGAUGAGAUCUUCUCCAAGGGCAAGUUGCUACCUCUAAAGAGCAAUGGGGCCAACCCCCUGAGGAAGAUGACGCUGCGGGACGAGUUGCUCAUGGAUGACGACAGCUCCAAUGAUGCAUUGCCAAGGUUGACAAGUACUCCGGGCCGGUGGAGAGAGAGGUGGGGCUUGAAGAGGAGUCACUUUGCAUCCAAGAAAGGGGAUAGGAGCGAAAGUUCCCUAGAGAAAGUGGUGGAGGACAAGGCUUCGAUAUUUGCCUUGACUAGCAAGAGCAACAGGAUCUGA